AUUUUUGCAAGAUGGAACAAGGCAAUUUUUCUGAUUCUUCAACUGAUGAAAAUGCUGCCAAAAAAUCAGAUAAAGUUCCGUUACUGAAAUCUAAUGGCAAAGAUGAUGAACAAAGUCCUCCCUUAAAUGUUCAGCCAGGGUAUGCCGCAAUCAAUGAUGUCGGUGAUGGUGAAAAGCAGGAUUCCAUCCCUUCCGUUGUCCAUCCUGAUGAUCCAGGGCCAGGGGGCGGGGCACCUGUUUGGGACAAAUCACAGGACCACCAAUCCCCCCCAGGAUUCAUCUACGUUCUAGCCUUUUUUGCUAGCAUUGGUGGAUUUCUGUUCGGCUAUGACACUGGUGUAAUAUCGGGUGCAAUGAUUUUUUUAAAACAGGAAUUCAAUCUUGAUUCAUUGUGGCAAGAACUAAUCGUAAGUGUCACAAUCGGAGCCGCUGCCAUUUUCGCUAUUGCCGGUGGAGUUUUAAACAACUAUUUUGGCCGCAAACCCACAACACUUGCUGCCAGUUUUAUAUUUACAGUUGGCUCGAUUGUUCUUGCGGUUUCGUAUAACCGGUUCAUGUUACUGGCUGGAAGACUUAUUGUUGGAGCUGGAAUAGGUCUUGCAUCUAUGACAGUUCCUAUGUACAUAGCAGAGACUUCACCUGCAGAGAUCCGUGGUCGAAUGGUUACUCUAUACAAUCUUUUUGUCACUGGUGGACAGUUCAUUGCCAGUGUAGUUGAUGGUCUUUUUAGCAGAGACCCCGAAAAUGGAUGGAGGUAUAUGCUGGGUCUGGCUGCUGUCCCAGCAUUUGUCCAAUUUAUUGGUUUCUGGUUCAUGCCCGAGAGCCCAAGAUGGUUGGUCUCUAAGGAAAAACAUGAUGAUGCUCGCAAAGUCUUGAGGACAAUCGUAAACGAAGGGAAUGUCAACUAUGAGCUUCAGAGCAUCCAGCAAAGUUUCAUUGAGACUAGAAGAGAGCGGGAACAAAUGGGGAAGAGCCACAUUGCUGUCCAUAUGUGGAGGGACAAGGCAGUGAGAAGAGCCCUGAUUCUUGGUUGCGGACUUCAGAUGUUUCAACAAAUAGGUGGCAUCAACACAGUCAUGUAUUACAGUGCUUCCAUCGUCAAGAUGUCUGGCGUGAAGAGUGAUGAAAUGGCGGUGUGGUAUGCAGCUUUAACGGCAGCUGUCAAUUUCCUCUUUACAUUUGUUGGACUUUACCUAGUGGAGAAGAUUGGUAGACGGCCACUGACACUUGCCAGCCAAGCAGGUGUUGUGAUUGGACUCGUUGUAUUGGCUGUUGGAUUCCAAUUUGCUGCAUUCCAUGCUCCUGAUAUUGACUAUCAUGAUCCUGUGGCAGCCGGUUCAGUUUGUGAUAAUUAUAAAAACUGUGAUCCAUGCAUCUCCUCUCUUUCUUGUGGUUACUGUUACUUGGACACCUCCACUGGUCCAGCCAAUGGCUCUUGUCUUCCAGUGAUGUCAGAUGAUAUGACCAUGUCAGCUGCCGGGCGGUGCAAUCACACUAGUCUUCCAACACCUCUUACCUGGGCCUAUGAAUACUGUCCAACGCCUUAUUCAUGGAUGGCAAUUUUUGGUCUUGUUCUGUAUCUUAUGUUCUUUGCACCAGGGAUGGGUCCAAUGCCUUGGACAAUCAAUUCAGAGAUCUAUCCUCUCUGGGCGAGAAGCGCAGGUGCCUCUGCUGCCACUGCAACAAACUGGAUUUUCAACCUGCUUAUUUCCAUGACGUUUUUAACACUGACGGAAACAAUAACAAAAUAUGGGACAUUUUGGCUGUAUACUGUCUUCUCUAUGAUAGGCUUGACAUUCAUGGUCAUUCUUGUACCAGAAACUCAAGGCGUACCAUUAGAGGACAUCCAAGAAUUAUUUCGACAGCCAAUAUUGAGGAAGUUGAACAAAGUGACCUAGUAGUUAACGUUGACUAUGUGAACAGUGCAAAGUGCUCUGGAGGCAUUAUUUCACUUAGGAUUGUGAUACACAAUAUUAUCAUGUCCUGUACUUCAAUUUUCUGCUUAACUUUCCAAUUGGUCACAUUCCACUUAAAGUAUACCAGUAGACUCGUAGCCAGGUUUGAUAUGACUUUUGUCACUUGAUUUUGAGACAAUUUUCACAAAACCUUGAUUGAAGUCUUGGCAUCUGAUAAACAACAUGAUUAGGCCCGAUGAAUGCAUCCAAAAUGUAAACAGACAAGUCUUCCAGCUGUAUUAUACACUUUCGCAUGUAUUCCUGUAUCACCCUUUGCAUAUAAGUGAGUGAUGACCAUUGUUUAUUUCUGUUUCUUUACCUUUUAUAGAAGGAGCUCUGUGAUUAUUGAGUGUGUUACUUACAGUCUAAACUCUUACGGUUGUGAUGUUUUCUCAGAUAUUGAAAUAAUGUGCCAUAAUAAGUAAAAUGUACAUGUAACAUGUGCCAAACAAAUACUGAGGGGUGUAAGGCCUCACAUUGUGUACAGUAUUUUCAUUCCAUUGAUAUUCCCCUCCAACAAUGUAUUAGGUUGGUGGUGUUUCUAUUGUAUUGUAAAGGUAAACCAAUACCUUUAUCUACUGUUAUAAUGUCACAGCAGACCAUGCAUGUAUAUUAUUGUAUAUUACCUGUGCUGAGCAACUGCACCACUGUUCUGACAUAUGCACAUUUAUGUCAUGCUUUUGAUAAUGCAUGAACGGUUUGGACGAGGCCAUGAUGUUUAUAUCUACUGGUAACAAGUACAUGUAUUUUGGGGGACAGCAUUUACAAUUGUUUUACAGACAGUAUAAUGGUCAUUGGUACAGAAUAAAGAUUAAAAGAAA